CAGUCGGUCGCGCACACGCAUACUGCUAGCACACUAUACCAGAACCGUAAAAGACUUACACAAACUACGUAACUAACAACAAUGAUUUUCCCUUUACAGUUAAAAUAAGUUAUACAAAAUAACACGUAUCUUAUAGAAAUGUUAAACUCAAAAUAGUGAACUCUAAGUUGGAUUACUUAACUCACGCGAUGAUAAUGAACGUUUAUACAAUAGUGCAACUAACGAUGUAAGUGAUAAAUGUUGACGUUAAAAUAGUGAGAUGUUGGAUUUGGAGACCUAUUUGUGAAGUGGACUGAGGUAUAACACUCAAUCAGGAUGACGAUGAAAUCGCUGAAGUAUAGCGAGCGGGAGGACAUGAUGGAGGGCUUCAGCCCGGUUCCUCCGCCGCUACCACGUCGUCAGCCUGUUAGAAACAUCUACGCAGAACCCUUCGUAGAUCCUAGGUACACGUCAUCGGGCGUGACUAACGAAUGGCUCGCCCUACAGACCCUAAAUUCAGAGUCGUUGGGCAAUGCAGCGAUGUCUAGCGGGAUGGGCGGCGGAACCCUCGGUAGUGGGCAUUGCCAGCUUGCUAACCAGCCACUAGUGAUGCCAGUCUUUCCCCUAAGAGCCAGCCAACCAAGCCCAGUGCCAGUGUAUUCACCUUCAAGGUUCCAUAUAGACAAACGAUGCCAACACCGAUGCACGUGGAAGUGUCUUGCUAUAGCUAUGAUAUGCCUCUGCGUCAUUUUAGCGGCAAUGCUUGCCUACUUUAUAGCGUUAUCGUCAAUUAAAAGUAAUAUAGACAAUUCAAAUUGUAUCUUAGUACAAGAUGUAAAAGCAGUGACACAUGCACAAGGAGUUAGAGAUGCUUUAUCAACAUCAUCACCUUCAGAUGAAUCAAUAUCAACAUCAUCAUUAGGCGGAUGGUCGACAACAGCCGAAGCUGCAUUAGAAUCUGCAGUAAUACCACAACAAGCACAACAAGCUGCGCCUCCGCCUUGGUCACCGGCAUUAGAAGUACGAGAGUUUGAUGAAUUACAUAGCGCCGUUAUACCUGCUUACCAGUUCUGGAGUUCAGAAUUCCGAAACAAACAGCCCGCAUACGUUAGCCUUAAUUUCACUGUACCGUGGGGUGCAAAUUUUGCAGUUUAUGGUAGACGAAAUGUUGCUCCUAGUGUUACUCAAUAUGACUUUGUAGAAUUUAUAAGAGGCGGAAGAGUUGAUCAUAGGCUUAGAAGAAGAAGAAGUCCGCAUAAACAUGACUCUCACCGAAACCUAGAUGACUGGGACGCAUUAUUAAGUACGCUUAGCCCAUUUCAAAGAUGGAACCAUACGAUAAGCAAGAGAUCCACAGAUAUGAGAGUAAAUGUCAGUAUAUUACAGUAUCUUGACACAGGAAGAUGGUUUAUUUCGAUAUAUAACGAUGAACUUCAACCGCAUAGCGUUGAAAUGAUUGUAUCCGAAGCUGAAGGAGUCACGAAUUCAUGCCCUGAUGACUGUUCUGGUCAUGGAUCCUGUUAUUUAGGAAAAUGCGAAUGUAUGGAUGGGUACGAGGGUCAUGACUGUUCAAAGAGCGUUUGUCCUGUACUAUGUUCUGGGCAUGGCGCCUAUGCGGGAGGAAUAUGCCAUUGCUCUGAAGGUUGGAAAGGAGCAGAAUGUGAUAUACCGGCUCAUGACUGUGAACCUGCCGAUUGUUCCGGUCGUGGACAAUGUAAUGCUGGUCAUUGUCACUGUAAAGCUGGAUGGAAAGGUCUCAAAUGUGAUGAAGAGGAUUGUCUGGACCCUACUUGCGGUGGACAUGGCUCCUGUGUUCGUGGUCGAUGUGUGUGUCGAGCAGGAUGGCGUGGCGCCGCUUGUAGUGAUCGUGAUGCUCGAGUCCAACGUUGUCUGCCAGCUUGCUCUCAACGCGGCAUUUACGAUUUAGAUGCUGGUCGAUGUGUCUGUGAUCCCCUCUAUACAGGCGAUGAUUGUUCUCAAGUGGUAUGUUCUUUGGACUGCGGACCUCACGGAGUCUGUGCAGAGGGUGUUUGUAGAUGUGAUGAGGGUUGGACAGGCUCUUUAUGUGAUCAACGACCUUGUGAUAUUAGAUGCCACGACCAUGGACAAUGCAGAAAUGGAACAUGUGUUUGUACACAGGGCUGGAAUGGCAAACAUUGCACACUUCCUGGUUGCCCGAAUGGCUGCUCUCGACACGGCCAGUGCCUUUUGGAAGACGGAGUUUAUCGGUGCUCCUGCUCUGAUGGUUGGGCCGGUACUGACUGUUCUAUUGCCCUUGAACUCACGUGCACAGAUAACGAGGAUAACGAUCAAGAUGGCAUGACGGACUGCUCUGAUUCGGAAUGCUGCACCCGGUCCGAGUGCGCAGAGCACAUCAUGUGUCUAUCCUCAAACGACCCCGUAGAAGUGUUACUUCGUAAGCAACCUCCUUCUGUCACCGCAACAUUCUAUCAACGCGUCAAGUUCCUCAUAGAAGAGAACUCUGUACAGAGUUAUGCCCACAUGGAUGAAUAUUCGGAGAGCCGUGUUUCCGUGAUGCGGGGCCAAGUUGUAUCGCCGCAAGGUCUGGGAAUCAUCGGCAUCAGGGUAUCUGUAGACCGAGAAGCACGGUUCGGAUUCACUCUUACCAGGCAGGGUGGAUGGUUCGAUGUUUUGGUGAACGGCGGUGGGGCCGUGACUCUUCAGUUCCAGCGCUCUCCAUUCAAGCCUCUGAGGAAGACAGUCUUCGUGCCAUGGAAUCAGAUCGUCGUGCUGCCGCCUGUUGAGAUGGAACUCAGUGACGAUAGCGUUAAAGUACCAACUCCAAGAUCUCCGCCAAGAUUGGACUGGUCACCAACGCCUCAGUGGUGGGAGUCAGAGAUUCCGCCGUGCGCGGCACAUGAUCACGAGCGACUACGACCUGAAGUGGUGGCCGUGCCGCCGCUAGCCGCGCCUGCUGCUUCCUCUCACAUCACCACUACAGUCAUAUACCCAGAGGCUCAGAUCGUGAGUGAAUCUAUCGGCAUUCCGGGCUCAUCAGUGAAACUAACGUACCGGUCCUCGCAAUCAGCGGGCUACUUGUCGUGCGUACACGUGCAACUUACGCGCCGCACGGUGCCUGCGUCGCUGGCGCGGGUUCACGUGCGCGUCGAGAUAGAGGGAUCGCUGCACACUCAUACAUACGAGGCAGACCCUGAUCUUACUCACGUCUUCGCUUGGAACAAACGGAACGUCUACAAACAGAAGGUUUACGGGCAAGCUCAAGCUAAGAUUUCCAUCGGCUACGAAUACUCGUCGUGUUCAUCCAUUGUUUGGGAGACGCAAACCGCAACUCUAGCUGGCUUUGAUGUCGAUAUCUCAGAUAUAGGAGGCUGGGGACUUGAUAUACAUCAUCAUUAUAACUUCCACGAAGGCAUACUACAGAAAGGCGAUGGGGCGUUAUUACAUUUGAAGCAAUAUCCUCGAACUGUGCAGGUGGUAAUGGGGACAGGUCUCCAACGCAGCCUGGACUGCCCUGACAACUGCAACGGCAAGGCAGCCGACUCUCGUCUCUUGACCCCUACGGCACUAACUUCAGGCCCCGACGGUUCACUUUAUGUAGGUGACUUCAACUUUGUACGACGUAUUACUCCAGAAGGCGUCGUGACUACUGUUCUUCGUUUAGAGACAACCCAAGUCGCGUAUCAAUAUUACAUCUGUAUCUCACCAGCCGAUGGAAACCUUUACAUAUCAGAUUCAGAGAGACAUCAAGUUAGGAAAGUAUUAUUGCUAGAGAAAGUGCGUGAUCCAGCAUUGAAUUCAGAACCUGUUGUCGGUAAUGGGGACCGUUGUGUGCCCGGUGAUGAUUCUAAUUGUGGAGAUGAAGGACCCGCUAUAAAAGCCAAGCUGGCUCAUCCUAAAGGUCUUGCUAUUGCGGCAGAUAGAACUAUGUAUAUUGCUGAUGGAACCAAUAUUAGAGCUGUUGAUCCCAAUGGAAUCAUACAUACGCUAGUUGGCCAUCAUGGUCAUCAUAAUCAUUGGUCGCCAGUUCCUUGCCGUGGCGCUAUACCGCCUUAUGAAGCUCAAUUACAGUGGCCUACUGGAGUAGCUCUAUCUCCGCUAGACGGAUCUCUAUAUUUUAUUGACGAUAGAAUUAUACUUAAAUUAACUGUUGACAUGAAAAUUAAAGUGGUUGCUGGCCAACCCUCACAUUGUCGCAUAGGAAGCGAUGGAAAACCAAUUGUCAAAGCUACUAAUAAAACCAACAUAGAAUUCAGAGAAGAUUCUAGUUUAGGCACAAUACUGGCAUUAGCAUUUGCACCAAGUGGUAUUCUAUAUGUUGCGGAAUCCGAUUCCAAAAAGUCAAAUACGAUAAAAUCUAUUGACCCAUCAGGGAAGAUCAUGCAUUUUGCAGGCAAAGUGCAAGAAAACUUAAAGGAAUUAAGUUGUGAAUGCAACUCGUCAUUAUCAGCAACAGCUAUCCCCAUGAAUACUCGAGAGGAAGGGGCAGGAUGUCCAUGUAAAUUGAGUGUUGCAGCAGGAGAUGAGCCGCCUACUAGUACUGAAACUCUUUUAUCCUCUAAUGCCAAAUUUCAAACAAUCUCUGCUCUUGCCGUAACGCCUGACGGCGUUUUAAAUGUUGUUGAUCAAGGAUCCCUUCAUAUAUUAGCAUUGAAACAUUACUUACCAACACACGAUGAGAAUGGAGAAUUUAGAAUACCUUAUCCACCCACAUCAGAAAUAUAUGUAUUCAAUCGCUAUGGACAACAUAUCACUACAAAAGAUUUAACAUCUGGAAAGACCAGAUAUUCAUUCCUUUACUCAAAGAACACGAGCUUCGGCAAAUUGUCUACUGUAACAGAUGCUUCCGGGAACAAAAUUCAAUUAUUACGAGACUACAGUAACGUCGUUAGUUCAAUUGAAAAUACUCAAGAUCACAAACUAGAACUAAAAAUAUCAGGAAUCGGAUACUUGACGAAAUUAACAGAGAAAGGCACAUCCGAAAUUGAAUUAGAUUAUGACGCUAAUUCGGGACUUCUUAAUAGCCGAUCUGGGUCUGGUGAUACAGUAAUCUACAACUAUGAUGAACUCGGCCGUGUAACUAAAAUAAUCAUGCCAUCUGGUGAACAAGUGCAUAUUUCAUCUGGCUUAGCUAAAAACUACGGAUUAGCAGUAACGGUAUCCAAUCCAUCAAGCACUAUUCCCGUCGGUGUAGCUAAAAAAUGUGAAUAUGUUCUACAUGGACAAUCGUUUAAACAAAUAACUAUAAAUAACGGCAAACAAGUAACAGAAGGGCGAAUUUAUACCAACAACACAUUGAUUCUUGAAACGCCAUGGUCAGGAAAAUUCGAAAGUAUUGCAGCUGCAAAACAUCCGCUACUAGAAGCUGCUCUUCCUAUAGAAGCUGAAAUGCUGCAUAUGUGGUCCCAUCAAACUACCACAUUUGGAGAUGACCUAGUAAAUAACAUGUAUUCCUUAUACACAUUAGUUGGAGAUGUUAGAAACCCACAGCAGACAUUAAAUCGUGAGAUAUGGGUAAACGACUCCAGAGUACUGAUUAUUGAAUUCGAUCAGUUCAAGAGCCGUGAAACAUUUUUCAAUGCAGACAGAAACCCGCUGUUCACAAUAGCUUAUGACGUUGCCGGUUUACCACUUUCAUUUACUCCUCAUGAUGCUGGUGUACCAUUAAAUAUUUCAUAUGAUAGAUUCUACAGAAUCAACGGUUGGAAAUGGGGUGAUACGGAGGAGACAUACAGCUACGACCCACAUGGAAUGUUAUCUGAAAUUACCAGUCCCCAAGAUGGUACUAAAUUCAUUUAUUAUAAUGAAGGCAAUCUAGUCUCCAAAAUUACUUUGGCAAGCCAGAGAAGUUUCAAGUACUUGUAUGAUGACGAUGGUGGUUUGACCCAUGUGAUUUUACCAUCAAAUACUAAUCAUUCUUUCAGUGUCCAACCUUCUAUAGGAUUUUUAAGGGUCACAUACACACCACCUGGGUCCUCUAAGAAAUAUUUACAACAUUAUUCUCAUACUGGUGAAUUGUUACAAACUGUGUUUCCUGGAGAUGGCGCUAGAGUGGUUUACCGUUAUUUCACUACCAAUAAAGUCUCUGAGGUCGUGCAUGGAGAUGGUCAAACUCAAAUCCACUACUCAGAAAAUAGUGGCCUUGCCUCAGAAAUCUUACAUGUUGAUCGAGAUGUUGAUUAUCGAUGGGAAUCAACAUACGCAGGUGGCCUUUUGAUAGAAGAAAGACUUGACUAUGGAGCCAAAACAGGACUGAGCAAUGCUAAAAUAAUAUACGAAUAUGAUAACAAUUACAGAAUAACUUCUGUUCAAGGAAGAAUUGGUGGACAAACUCUUAUUCCGCAUCAUAUUAUAUACAACAGCAAAACUGGAUCUCCGGAAAUUUUAGGUCAGUUUACUGUAUCCCAACAGAAGUGGAAUGAUACCUCUGUAUAUGAUGGAAUAGCAAUGUUUUCUCGCGCCCUCAAUGAACAAUUCUUAGAAAAAGAAGUCACAGUCAAUAUUCAUAGAAUGGAAGUAUUUAGAAUGGAAUUCUCUUACGACAAACAUGGAAGAAUAUCACAGACACGAACUCACACAAGAAAUGUAGGUGUUAAUACAUAUACAAAUGUUAAAAACUAUACAUGGGACUGUGACGGCCAGUUAACCGGUGUCGAAGCACAAGAACCUUGGGGUUUCAGGUAUGACGACAAUGGAAACAUGCUCUCGUUAACUUAUAGAGGAAACACCAUACCAAUGGAAUACAAUGACAUGGACCGUAUCAUCAAGUUUGGCGAAGGACAAUAUAGAUACGAUAGCCGAGGAUUGGUAUCCCAGAAUGCUAGAGAAGAACGGUUUCAAUACAAUUCCAAAGGAUUACUGAUUAGAGCUACCAAACGAGGACGAUUUGAUGUUCGGUAUUACUAUGACCAUUUAGACAGGUUAUCAACUCGUAAAGAUAAUUUCGGAAACGUUACUCAAUUCUUCUAUACAAAUAAGGAAAGACCUCAUGAAGUCAGCCAUAUUUAUUCCCCGCGCGAGAACAGAUUUAUGACACUGGUAUAUGAUGAUAGAGGACACCUCAUCUACACUCAGGUUGCCAGACACAAAUACUAUAUCGCUACGGAUCAAUGCGGAACACCUGUAAUGGUAUUUAAUCAAUAUGGAGAAGGAAUCCGAGAAAUAAUGAGAUCACCAUACGGUCAUAUUGUUUACGAUUCUAAUCCCUACUUGUACUUGCCAGUAGACUUUUGCGGCGGUCUUCUAGAUCAAGUAACAUCACUAGUGCACAUGGCAAAUGGCAAAGUUUAUGAUCCGCUGAUUGGACAAUGGAUGUCUCCACUCUGGGAAAGUCUUAUUGAAAGAAUACAUAACCCAACGCAGUUACAUUUAUACCGAUUCAAUGGGAACGAUCCCAUUAAUGUUAGACCACAGAAUAAGAAACCAACAGAUCAUCUAUCAUGGUUAAAAUUACUUGGCUACGACACGAAAAGUUUGGCGCCACAAUUAUACCCUGAUGAGCUGCCAGGUGGCUCAGUACUUCCAAGCAUUCCUCGUGGUCGGCCUGUUUGGGGUACAGCACCAACCGACUCUAGCCCAGGCCUACCCUCUGCAAUGUCACUGCUGCCUAGUGUUACAAUAGAGUCAGGUUUCUUGUCUCACAUGUCCAAUAAGAGAAUAGCAGACUUCCGAAGUUUGUCGAUACCUGCAAUGUCUGCGCUAAAAACAGAUGCACUGCAGUUGGCACCAAAACGCAUCGGCUCUGAUUCAGAACCACCUUUCGGGCGAGGUAUCCUCGUAUCUCGAAACUCUCGCGGGCGCGCCGUCGUCACCGCCGUACCGUCAGCGAAUGCCAUCUACAGAGACGUGUAUACGUCAGUAUUCAAUCGAUCACACUUAUUACCGUUUUCGUUCGUUGUGCACGGUGACCAGCAAGAUGUAUUCUACUUCGUAAAGGAGGAGACGUGGCGCGCCGCCGACGACAAGCAGCAGUUGAAACGUAUGCAGGGUAAACUAAACGUGACCUUCCAUGAAGUCGCCGAAGGCGGACGCUCAUACGCCGACGUGAAAAUUCACGGGCGAACGAGCAUAGUAAACUUGCGAUAUGGCACGAGUGCGGAACGCGAGCGGCAACGACUGCUUCACCACGCGCGCUCCACAGCUGUCCGCAAGGCGUGGCAUCGAGAACGCGAGGCCCUGCGUGGCGGACUCGGCGGCUCGCUCGACUGGUCUGCGGCUGAACUUGACGAGAUCCAGAAGGCGGGCUCUGCUAGUGGCUACGAAGGCGAAUACGUCCACGACGUGGCGCGUUACCCCGAACUAGCCGAAGACCCGUACAACGUGCGCUUCGUGAAGAAACGGUCGGACCGAGCUGAAAGGCGCCGGCGGAAGCGUGCUGCGUCCUGCCGCGGGCCCUGGUGGCUCGUGAGUGACUGCUAGUGUCCUUAGUGGCUGGCUAGUAGUCCGCUAGUGCGCCGUUGCGUACCGCCAUCCAUAUGCCAAAUCGAGUGAGUGCGAAAUCGACACGUGUGUGAACGAUGACGGAUGGAUCGAUAGUGUGAUUGUGAAUAAUAUAUUUUGUACAUAGUCUCUAUUAAUUGUUAAUUGUUGAUGUAUGUAUGUAUGGUAGACGCGAAUCCCUAUCGCUGUGUAAAUAAUAAAGUUUAAUUUGCAGGGAGAGAGUGGACCUUUUGAGAGGACUGAUAUUAAAUAAAUGUAAUGUAUGUAUAAAUAAGACAAUUUAUGUGAAUAUGAAAUUAUUUAUACUUAUUUAUCGGUAAAAAAGCUUCGAUUGUGUCCAAUGUUCUUAUAAAAAUUUAGAUGAAAACUAUUUGAAAGAAUAAAAAGGCAUACUUUUUUAACCAAAUAAUUUU